UGUCCUUCAACCAUGGUUGCCAUUAGCAAUAGUGCUUCGGCUCCGGGAUUAGAGACCUCUUAUGGUCCAGCCGGAUACAAGGGCCUCGUGGACAACCCAUUCUUACUGUUCCUGUCAUUAUUUGCGAGCAUUGGAGGUGUCCUAUUCGGCUAUGAUCAAGGAGUCAUCAGUGGGGUUCUGGUGAUGACCAGCUUUGACAAAGAGUUUCCCUCGUUGGCCAACAACUCGACGCUCCAAGGUUGGAUGGUCUCUGUCCUCACCUUGGGUGCUAUGUUUGGCGCCCUUGCCAACGGUCCCAUUGCCGAUAGUCUCUCCCGGCGCUGGUCCAUCCUCCUAGCCAAUAACAUUUUCCUCAUCGGGUCGAUUUUGCAAGCGGCUUCGGUCAAUGUACCCAUGAUCUUCAUUGCUCGGUUCAUUGCUGGUUUAGCAAUCGGUCAGCUUUCCAUGGUAGUACCCCUCUAUAUCAGCGAACUGGCGCCGCCAAAUCUUCGAGGUGGACUCGUGGCUCUGCAGCAAUUCGGAAUCACUGCCGGAAUAAUGGUAGCGUUUUGGCUGAAUUUUGGAACCCAGCAUAUCGGGGGAACCGGGAAUGGGCAGUCGCCCGCUGCAUGGCGGCUGCCGCUGGCGCUGCAAUGCCUCUUUUCCUUGGUCCUUGCUGUCGGUACCUUUUUUCUGCCUUAUACGCCCCGCUGGCUGAUGAUGAAAGAUCGUGAGGACGAAGCAUUUUCAACGUUGUCCCGUCUUCGUCGGGUCCCUAGAAGUGAUAGCCGUAUCAAGAAUGAGGUGCUUGAAAUCAAGGUAUCGGUACUGUUUGACAAAGCCACUACCGCUGCCAUGUUUCCGGGCGUCUCCUCUCCUAUCCGUCUGAGCUUUGAGAGAUACAAAUCCUUGUUUGUCCUUCGUCAUCUCAAUCGCCGGCUUCUGAUUGCCUGCGCGCUCCAGUUGAUUCAACAGUUUACAGGUAUCAACGCAAUCAUUUACUAUGCACCACAGAUCUUCGAGGACAUUGGCCUUUCCGGCAGCUCGGUGGACCUCCUGGCCACAGGGGUCAUUGGGAUUCUCAACUUCCUGUGUACCAUUCCGGCGAUCAUGUUCAUGGAUCGCUGGGGUCGCAGAACGGUCCUCAUCGUGGGUGCCGUAGGCAUGGGUAUCUCUCAGCUCAUUGUGGCCACUCUCUAUGCGGUGUACGAGCACUCCUGGGCUAGCCACCGGGGGGCAGGAUGGGCCACUGCUGCCUUUAUCUGGGUUUACAUCUGUAAUUUCGCCUUUAGCAUUGGCUGCAUCAACUGGGUGAUUCCUUCCGAGAUAUUUCCGCAAGGUGUGCGGUCUCAGGCCGUUGGAAUUGCCAUUGGCGUGAACUGGUUGAGUAAUUUUAUCGUUGCACUCAUUACCCCAAGAAUGCUGGAUUCCAUCACGUUUGGGACAUUCUACUUUUUCCUCGCAUUCUGUGUCUUCCUCAUUUUCUGGGUGUAUUUCUUUCUUCCAGAAACCAAAGGCGUUUCAAUCGAAGAAAUGGACAAGAUCUUCGGUGGCAACCAGGCUGAACAAGACAGAAAUCGGAUGUCAAGCAUCCGGCAUCAGCUUGGGAUUAGCAGUGUUGGUGCUGUCAAGGAUGAUUCCGGUGGCUAUGUUGAAGAGGUCGAGCACCAUGACUGGACGGUGUAGAACGCCAAAGACGCAGGCAGUUGGUCAAGGAUGGUCGUACGGUUAGAGAUCCGCAAAGUGCUACAGAGUCGUGAAUAUUCUGCGGUGGCCGCAACGAAACAAUAAGCCGACGUCCAGUGAUUGGUUGACCCAUGUACAUACCAGAUGCAUUAUUUCCUCGCAGCUGCCCGAU